GUUGUAGCUGUUGCUAUGGUGACAUCAGUCAGAUUGGCUCCGCCUCUUCCUCUGAUCUUUCUGCUCAUGAUUCACGGGGUUUCUAGUGUUGAUUGGGGUGUGAUUUACAGUCCUACACACAUCUGUGCAGUAAACAACUCAACUGUGAUAAUGAGAUGCACUUAUAAAUACCCUACUGGAUAUAAGAUCAAGAAAGUGUUCUGGACAAAAACACUGGUAAGAGAUAAUGUUGAGCCUCCAGAUCUGUCUAAUGACACUGAAUACAGUCAGAGGCUUCAGUAUCUGGGAGAUGAACAGCAGGACUGCACCGUCAGACUGAGUCAUGUGACACUGAAGGAUUCACGCAUGUACUAUUUCAGAUUCAUCACUGAUAAAGAAAAAUGGAUUGGUGCUCCAGGAGUGUCUCUUACUGUCACAGAUCUUCAGGUGGAGUCUCCUGAGAGAGUGACAGAGGGAGAUUCAGUCAGUCUGACAUGUAAAAGCAGCUGCGCUCUGACUGACAGAGCAACAUUCAUCUGGUACAGAAACUCACUGAAGAUAUUAACUGAGAGUAAAUUCAGGAACACACUCAUCCUCAAUCCAGUCAGAAGAGAGGAUUCAGGCAGAUAUAGCUGUGCUGUAGACGGACACACACACGUCUCUCCUGAUGUUCACCUCAAUGUCAUGUACCCACCAAAGAGCGUCUCAGUGUCCAUCAUCAGUCUAUCUGGUGUAAUAGUGGAGGGAGAUUCAGUGACUCUGAUCUGCUUCAGUGACUCAAACCCUCCUGCAGGAAUCCACUGGUUUAAAGGAGGAACGAUUGUAGGAUCUAGAAGAAUCUUCAGCAUCUCAAAGAUCAGAUCUGAUGACAGUGGAGAAUACAAGUGCAAGUCCAUCAAUGAACAUGGAGAGAAAUACUCUGAUAAUGUGACUUUAAACGUCAUGUAUCCUCCCAGGAGCGUCUCAGUGUCCAUCAUUCAGUCCGGUCAGAUCUGGGCAGGAGAUUCAGUGACUCUGAAGUGCAUCAGUGACUCAAACCCUCCUGCUGUGAACUUCAGCUGGUUUAAGGAGAAUGAAAGCUCAGCUGUUGGAUCUGGACAGAGUUUCAGUGCACUACAGAGUGGACGCUUCUACUGUCAGGCUCACAAUCAACAUGGAUCUCAGAGAUCAGACGCUGUAACUGUCACAGUGAAAUAUUGGAGGAUAUAUCACAUUGCAAUCGUAGCAUCAGUUUGUGGAGUUGUAGCUACUGGCAUCAUUGUGUUACUAACCUGCUGGAAGAAACUGCACUCCAAGUCCACCACAAACAAUUCUGAUGGCAUAAGCAUGAAGUCUGAAAAUAAACAGAUUUCAUAUGUGUAUGAGAAUGUGGGGGCUGUUCAUCCUCGCACCAACGCUCCUAAAAUGACCUUCCCUCUGUAUGAGAAUGUAACAAUUUAUGAGAAUUGUACCGCUAACAGGAAAAUGCCAUAGUGGACGAUGGCACAC